UGGGUGGGGAUGAGGCGGAAGUGGGACGUCAGACUUUUCAGACGGCGUCCGGGCGUGGAGGCGUGAGAAUGGAGAUGGAUCCCAUGGAGCUGUCCAACAACACAGAGUUUGAAGAGGAUUCUGAAUAUAAGGACUUUGAAGGAACUGAUGUGAAGGAUAUGAGACUAGAGGCAGAAGCUGUUGUGAACGAUGUACUGUUUGCUGUCAGCAACAUGUUUGUGUCAAAAAACCUUCCCUGUGCAGAGGAUGUAGCAUAUAUCAACGUGGAAACCAGGGAAAGGAACAGGUAUUGCCUGGAGCUCACAGACGCAGGACUUAGGGUGGUGGGCUAUGCUUUUGACCAGGCUGAUGAUAACUUACAAACUCCAUACCAUGAGACUAUCUACUCCUUAUUGGACACUCUUAGCCCAGCAUAUCGUGAAGCUUUUGGAAAUGCACUUCUGCAAAGACUGGAAGCUUUGAAAAAGGAUGGGCAAUCAUGAUUCAAAUGAUGAUGAACAUCUCUUGGGGAAGGUUUAUUACGUGUAGGAUUUCUUAGUAAGAGGUACAGAGAUGUUUCUUAAAGUUAUCCUAAGCUUCAGUUUUGUACUGGUUUUUUUUUUUUUUUGUAUAAACUUCUAGGCUUUUAUCUUGCAGUAAGACUUACCUGAAAUAUUGCUACAGUGGAUCUGUAUAGAUAACAAAGCCAUUUAUGCUAUCUUGAAUUGAGAUUGGAGCCUUUUUUUAGUUUAAUUUUUACUAUUGAUAAUUAGCUAAAAUGACUUGCCUUCUACACAAUUUGAAGAAAUUUGAUCUCUUUGCAAUGCACUAUUACUAAUUAAGAUAUUUCUUAACUGAUACUCUUUAAAUCUUGAUACCAUGUAUGAAAGUGUUACUGCUUUCAUUAUUGUAACUCACCUAAACAUUGAUAAAAGAAUAUAUGAAGUUCUGAACUACUUGCUUUAGCUAAUUAAUGUGAAUUGCUGUUCUGCUGAGAAUAAAAUUCUCAGCACAAUUUUCUGUGCCCAGCCCUGGAAGUUCAUAGCUUCAUUGACAGAACGCACAACUUUUACCAACAUUCUGUAUCAAAGAGUAUGUAGUAUCAGUGUCUGAAUUUAAGGGCAAGACCCAGUGUUGUUCAGUGUGCCUGUGUAUGCCACAAACUUUAAGAUGAACUGUUGGCAUACGAAUAUGUCAUCAGAAUCAAAAACAAGCACAGGAGUAAGCCAGGAUGUAACAGGCUAUACUUAAAAACAACUUAAAUCUGCUAUAAUGAGAUGUUCUGUGGGUUUUGGAACAUUUAGGUCCAUUUACUACUCCAAAUGCACUUUUACAUUAUGUACAGCAUAGCUUUUUUGCUUUGGGUUUUACUUGCUGUAAUGCAGUACUUCAGCUUUUCCCAUGUUUCUUCUUCCUCUUUAUCUGUAUAGUGUCCUGUCUUAAAGAACAGUAAGUAUGCAAUGUAAUGUUGCAUUGCAUGUUUCACAUAGCCUUUGCUUUUGAAUCCAAUGUUGAACUGGAAAACCAUUACCUAUAUUUUCUAUCUUGUAACUAGAGCACAACUCCUUACAAGCUUUUUGUGCUACUGUAAGUUUUGAAGUGCAUAUUGAAUAAUAGACUAACUAAAUACAGCUCAUCUAAGGUACCAGUACUAUGGAACUAACAUUCUGUAAUAUCAUACAGUUUGUGCAUUAUUCAGUGUUUUAUGCAUCUCUCCAAGUAUUUCUGUUUGUUCUUUCAAGCUAGGAACAAAGUGAAUGCGACUAGAGAGAGAGAGGGUUAGAUCAGCUGGUACAAGCAAAAAUACUCCAGAGACUUCUGUGGCAUUAGACUUAUUUACACCAGCUGAGACUAAUCUCUUUAAUUGGAAGGAUUAAUUAAUGUAGUUGUGCAUUUAUUAUAGUGUUCAUAGGCGGUGCUUAUAAUUAUGACUAAGAAGACGCCUACAGUCUGUUUCUGCAUUCAGGUGCUUUAAUUUUAAUGUUUUCAUUGAAUUUUUUGUUUUAAGUCAAAACAUUUCAUGUUAAUCUGCUUUAAGGUUAAUGUAUAUUCUCAUGCUUUAAGAGUUGUUCAGAUGUUUUUGCACAGUUUUGUGGCGUGUGCUUACUCCUCUGUGAGGAAAAUGUACUCUGCCAUGUUUAUAUCUGAAUAAUUUUACAACCGAUGUACCUGCUUUGUAUUAUUUCAAUGAUUAGGAUAACUAAAUAAAUGCACAAACAUGUGUGGUCA